AUGUAUCUGGCACUGAACCUGUUUGCUGGAGCAUUAUUUGUGUUCUACUUUGGCUUUGAAGUUCUUUGGGGAGCUCAUUCAUUGGAUAGAAGGAGAAAUACCUCGCGAGACCGCACGUUGGGCCUUAGUACGUGUUGGUAUUGUCUGCGCUUACCGAUAUGGAGUGUUGGAGGGUGUUUAACAGGAAGAGUUGAGUGCUGCUUGCUGGUCGAGAUAGGGAAGAGAGGGGUGGUGGUGGUGGUUGCUGCAGCGCGGAUACAGUGGAAACGAGGACACUCCUGUACGUCAAAAUGGGUGGCAACCCUGAAGCCUUUCUCUGUUGUGAGUUAG